GACUUUCACACAGGGAAAAUGGACCCAAAAUCGUUUUCACAUUUUCGAUUUCGAAAGGUCUUCUCAGCUCCACAAAUACAUGCACACACACACACACACUAUAAUAAAUAAACUUAAAAAAAAGGAGAAAAAAAUUGACAGUCAAAAAGAAAAAAAAACCUCCUCUCAGCCUGCGUGUAUUCCUUGCUUAUCUCAACAAUCAAACAAAUAAAUUCAAACAAAACUAAUCGAUUGAUCUUUUCGCGUUCUACUCAUGGCGGAUCGAGCCUCGUACAGUUUGGCUCCCCGAUUAGAUAUUGAACAGAUAUUAUUAGAAGCACAGCAUAGAUGGUUGCGACCUGCUGAAAUUUGUGAAAUUCUUCGUAAUUAUCAGAAGUUUCAUAUUUCAUCAGAGCCUCCAAACAGGCCUCCAAGUGGUUCACUUUUUCUUUUCGAUCGAAAGGUUUUAAGAUACUUCAGGAAGGAUGGACAUAAUUGGAGGAAGAAAAAAGAUGGAAAGACUGUGAAGGAAGCUCAUGAGAAGCUGAAGGUUGGAAGCAUUGAUGUGUUGCACUGCUACUAUGCCCAUGGAGAAGAAAAUGAAAACUUUCAAAGGCGCAGUUAUUGGAUGCUUGAACAGGAGUUGAUGCAUAUAGUUUUUGUCCACUACUUGGAAGUUAAGGGCAGUAGGACAAUUGGAGGCAUCAGAGAUACUGGUGAUGUAUCAAAUUCCCAAACAAGCAGUCCUUCAACUUCCAGCUAUUCUGUUAGUCAUACAAAAGCACCUUCUGGAAAUACAGAUUCUGCAAGCCCAACCAGCACCUUGACAUCCUUAUGUGAAGAUGCUGAUUCUGAGGACAGUCACCAAGCAAGUUCUAGAAUCCCUACAUCACCCCAAGUAGGGAAUGCUACUAUGAUGGACAAGAUGGAUCCUGGCUUUUUGAAUCCUUAUUCUUCACAUCCCUUUCCAGGUCGGUCAUCGAUUCCUGGUGUAAAUGAAGUUUCACAUCUUCAUGGAGAUAGACCUAUGGGUAUUGACUAUGGUACUUACAUGACUGAAGCUCAAAAAACACUUGAUUUGGCAUCUUGGGAAGGAGGCUUGGAACAAUAUAUGCCUCUAUAUCCAGUUGCAUCUUCUCAUGCUUCAAUGGCUUCUGCCCAACCUGAUACUAUGAGCAUCAGCCAGCAACAAAUGAUGAAAGGCAAGCAAUUAGAUGUUGACAGUGCUGACAAGGAGUUUGGAAAUCUUCUGCCAACACAAUCAAAUUGGCAGAUUCCUUUGGCUGACAAUGCCUUAGAGUUGCCUAAAUGGCCCAUGGAUCAGUCAUCAAAUUUCGAAUUGGCAUAUGAUACUAGGUUAUUUGAGCAAAAGACUGAUGAUUUUCAUUUACCCAAUGCUCUUGAGGAAUUUACCAAUAAUGAUGUUCUAAAUGAGCAGCCUGUGCAUAAAAACCUUCAAACGCAGCUCAUCAAUGCAGAUACUAAUUCUGUCAUGAAAUCAUAUCCUGAGAAUGAUAUGCAUUUGGAGGGAAAUAUCAACUAUGCUUUCUCUCUGAAAAAAUCCUUACUUGAUGGAGAAGAAAGCUUGAAGAAAGUUGACAGUUUUUCUCGGUGGAUUACUAAAGAACUUGGAGAAGUAGAUAAUCUGCAGAUGCAGUCCUCAUCUGGUAUUGCCUGGAGCACUGUUGAGUGUGGAAAUGUAUCUGAUGAUGCCUCGUUGAGCCCCUCUAUCUCCCAAGACCAACUUUUCAGCAUAGUUGAUUUUUCGCCAAAGUGGGCUUACACAGACUUAGAAACUGAGGUUUUGAUUAUUGGAACAUUUUUGAAGAGUCAGGAGGAAGUAGCAAAAUAUAACUGGUCAUGUAUGUUUGGGGAAGUGGAGGUUCCGGCUGAGGUUAUUGCAGAUGGUAUUCUUUUUUGCCAUGCUCCACCUCACAGUGUUGGGCAAGUCCCUUUUUAUGUCACGUGUUCCAACAGGUUAGCUUGUAGUGAAGUGCGGGAAUUUGACUACCGAGCAGGAUUUGCUAAAGGCAUACAUGUUUCACAUAUCUAUGGUGUUGCUUCAACUGAAAUGCUGCGACGAUUUCAGAUGUUACUUUCUCUGAAAUCUUUCAGUUCUCUUAAUCAUCAUCUUGAAGGUGUUGGGGAGAAACGAGACUUAAUUGCUAAAAUUAUAUUAAUGAAAGAGGAAGAGGAAUGCCACCAGAUUGUAGACCCCUCAUCUGACAAGGAUUUGUCUCAACGUGAAGAAAAGGAGUGGCUCCUUCAGAAAUUGAUGAAAGAGAAGUUGUACUCAUGGCUUCUUCACAAAAUAGUGGAAGAUGGUAAGGGGCCAAACAUAUUAGAUGAGAAGGGGCAAGGUGUACUACACUUAGCAGCUGCACUUGGUUAUGAUUGGGCACUAAAACCUACUGUUACUGCUGGAGUUAGUAUAAAUUUUCGUGAUGUGAAUGGAUGGACUGCACUUCACUGGGCUGCUUUCUGUGGCAGAGAGCAAACAGUUGCCAUUCUAGUCUUCCUAGGAGCAGAUCCUGGAGCACUUACGGACCCAUCUCCAGAAUUUCCUUUGGGCAGAACUCCUGCAGACUUGGCUUCUGAUAAUGGACAUAAAGGAAUAUCUGGGUUCCUUGCAGAAUCUUCCCUGACCAGUUACCUUUCUUCUCUCACAAUGAAUGAUGCAAAGGCAGCUGUACAAACAGUUUCAGAGCGAAUGGCAACUCCUGUGAAUGAUAGUGAUUUGCAAGACAUACUGUUGAAGGAUUCAAUUACUGCUGUUUGUAAUGCCACACAAGCUGCUGAUCGAAUUCAUCAAAUGUUCAGGUUGCAAUCCUUCCAGCGGAAACAGUUGACUGAAUCUGGUGAUGCUGUGUCUGAUGAACAUGCUAUUUCCAUUGUAACUGCUAAGGCACGCAGGUCCUUGCAAAGUGAAGGGGUAGCCCAUGCUGCUGCAACACAAAUCCAGAAAAAAUUCCGUGGUUGGAAGAAAAGAAAAGAAUUCUUAUUGAUCCGGCAAAGAAUUGUCAAAAUCCAGGCCCACGUAAGAGGACACCAGGUGAGGAAACAGUAUAGAACAAUCAUCUGGUCAGUGGGAAUUCUGGAGAAAGUUAUUUUACGGUGGAGACGUAAAGGGAGUGGUUUGCGAGGAUUUCGGCGGGAUGCACUUACCAAGGAGCCUGAGUCACAGUGCAUGCCCACAAAAGAGGAUGAAUAUGAUUUUCUUAAGGAGGGAAGAAAACAAACUGAAGAAAGACUGCAGAAGGCACUUACUAGGGUAAAGUCCAUGGCUCAGAAUCCUGAAGGACGAGGUCAAUAUCGUAGACUGCUGACAUUGGUUCAAGGAAUUCGUGAAAAUAAGGCUUGCAAUAUGGUUAUGAACAGUACAGAAGAAGUAGCUGAUGGUGAUGAAGACCUUAUUGAUAUUGACUCUCUAUUGGAUGAUGACAAUUUCAUGUCAAUUGCAUUUGAAUAAGCUCCUGCAAACUUUGCCCCUACAUGUCCAACCUGUACAUAGACAGGCAGCUUCAUUGCAGCAUCAUGAAGGAGUUAACUUCAUUGUGUCUGUAAAUAUAAAUUAUCUAACGCUUUCUUAGGGUCUAAUGUACUCUGCUUGUUUCUAGGUAACGUAAGAAAAGCAGGUUUACAUUCCAGAUUAUUAGUUUUUAAUAUCAUAAAUUCAUAACUCAAGGGGUAGAGUAGUAUUUAUUGGUUGCUGAGUGCCAUGGGAGAUUUAUUUGUAAAACUUGUUGGAGAGGAAUGAUGAAUUAUCUAGAGUUAAGGUUGGGCUAAUUUGCUGUGCGUCUGAAACUUCAUGGAAUCUGAACAUAGUAAUUCCUUGUGUGUUUCACUUG